AUGUCGAGAGAUCGUUCGCAGUCGACCGCAGAGAUUCAGCCGCCACCAAGCACUGGUUUUGACCCCGCCGACCGUGUGUUCCCUAUUAAGUCAGUUGUUUCAGUCGAUCCCACCGUUACCCCCCAGUAUUCGGGUUCAAUGCACUCUGGCGACACGAGAUCGCCAACCCGAGAAGGGGCUCGACAGUAUCCAUUCAUCGACGAACGGACGUGGAACCAACUGCACUCGCAACUUGCUUCCGACCACCUUCAUCACCCCGACCCUAAGCACGCUGAACCUACCAUCCCCACGGACAUUCCACGCCAUGAGACACAUGUUAUAGAUGAACGAACCGAACUUGCGACACAUUCUUUGGCAUCGGAGGUUGUUCAACACCCUGAAAUAUACGCGAAACCUGCCCCGAGCGAGAGCCACUCCGGAAGCGGCUCUACCGCACCUCUAUCCUCCCAUACCCGGCGCAGGAACGCCGAAGAUGAAGCCCAUGUCACUGCUCGAUUCAAACAUGUCAUGACGGAUAGUGGGCAUGCCGUCAUCACAGGACGAGACGGAGAGGCAUUCCAAUACUGCGAGGACGAGCCCAUUCGCAUCCCCGGGGCGAUUCAAAGUUUUGGCUUAAUGAUUGCCCUUCGUGAAGAAUUGCCAAAUCAGCUUAUGGUCCGCAUUGUGAGCGAGAACUCGGCGGACUUCUUGGGUUAUUCGCCUAAGCAACUGUUUGAGUUGGAAAACUUUUGUGAUAUUUUGAGCGAGGACCAGGCGGACACAUUGCUGGAUCACAUUGACUUUGUUCGUGACGAUGCACAUGACCCAUCAGUCGACGGACCGGAGGUUUUCAACAUGUCCAUUCGCACAGCUGAUGGGACGCGCUGCAAAUUCUGGUGUGCCACCCAUGUCUCUCAGACACAAAAGGAUCUGAUUAUCUGCGAGUUCGAGCGUGAGGAUGACGAAGUGAACCCGUUGAAUGUCGACGGCCUUACCACUCCCGCCGCUCCCGCAGACACCCUAGGCAUUGUUCCAACACCAGAUCAGCUCGCUGCGAGCACGAUCAACAUCAGCCAGCCUCUCCGCGUUCUGAGGAGUGCCCGUCGUAGAAGGGGCGAGGCAUCAUCGAUGGAAGCGUUUAGUAUCUUAACUCAGAUACAGGAGCAGUUGGGGCGGACGAAUGAUCUGGAUCAGCUGCUCAAUACAACUGCAGGAUUGGUCAAAGAACUGACUGGCUUUCACCGCGUCUUGAUCUAUCAAUUCGAUAGUAGCUGGAACGGCAUGGUUGUUGCCGAGUUAGUCGAUCCGAACACUACUAUUGAUCUCUACAAGGGCCUUCAUUUCCCUGCAUCGGAUAUCCCCGCGCAAGCCCGAGAACUAUACAAAAUAAAUAAGGUCCGGCUCCUAUACGAUCGCGACCAAGUGACUUCUCGACUUGUCUGUCGGACCUUGGAGGAUCUAGAAUCUCCGUUGGACAUGACUCACGCCUAUCUUCGUGCGAUGUCCCCAAUUCACGUGAAAUAUUUGGCGCACAUGAAAGUCCGGUCUUCAAUGUCAAUAAGCGUGAACGCUUUCAAUGAUCUAUGGGGAUUGAUCUCCUGCCAUAGCUACGGAAGUGCCGGUAUGCGCGUAUCAUUCCCAAUACGCAAAAUGUGCCGGCUCCUCGGAGAUACUGUAUCUCGAAACAUAGAGCGGCUUUCAUAUGCCUCUCGCCUUCAAGCCCGAAAACUAAUCAACACCGUUCCAACCGAGGCCAACCCAUCAGGAUACAUCAUUGCAUCCUCGGAUGAUCUGUUACAACUAUUUGAUGCAGAUUACGGCGUGUUAUCGAUUCGCGAUGAAACAAAGAUACUUGGCGACAAUCAUAACUCCCAAGAGGUUCUUGCAUUGUUAGAGUUCCUUCGCGUACGGCAUUUGGAUUCAGUGCUUGCCUCGCACGAUAUUGUCAAGGAUUUCCCUGAUUUUCAUUACGCCCCGGGAUUGAAAGCGAUCUCUGGUCUACUAUAUGUCCCGCUUUCUACUAGAGGUAGUGACUUCAUCGCAUUCUUCCGCCGUGGACAGCUCACAGAGAUUAAAUGGGCCGGCAAUCCUUACGAAAUUGAAAAGCGAAAGCAGACCGCGGGAUAUCUAGAACCCCGCGAAAGUUUCACAGCGUGGCGGGGAGACAUGGUUUACGGUAAAUUUAUCAAAGUUUGGAGGCAGAAGGAGGCCGCUAUGCAAACCUCGCAACUCACUCGACUACUUCUGGCAAACUCUGCACAUGAAGUGAGGACUCCUUUGAAUGCCAUCGUUAACUAUCUGGAGAUUGCACUUGAGGGUGCUCUGGACGAUGAAACCAGAGAGAGUUUGACCAAAUCCCAUUCGGCUUCCAAGUCACUAAUUUACGUGAUCAACGAUCUCCUCGACUUGACAAAUACCGAAAAAGGACAGGACCUCAUUAAAGAUGAGACCUUCAACCUUGAGUCAACUUUUAGAGAAGCCGCUGACAUGCUGUCUGGCGAUGCCAAGCGGAAGAACAUAUCAUACACUGUUUCGGUACAUCCUGGUAUUCCUAAAUCAGUUCUCGGCGACCAACGUCGUGUGCGGCAAGUUCUUUCGAACGUGAUAUCAAAUGCCAUUCAGCAUACCAAGUCCGGUGCGGUCACGGCGGAAAUGUGGCGCUCUACCAGUGAAGCGAUUCCAGGCCAUGUUGGAGUGGAGAUGAUAGUUGUUGAUACGGGGGUGUCGACCGAUGAUACUUACUACCCCGAGGAAGAAGAAGAGAACGCACAGGACCCACCGCAAAAACGUGUAUUGGGUCUUGGCCUUGCUCUUGCAGCAAGGAUCGUCCAUAACAUGCAUGGUCAGCUCGGUGUCAAAUCAGAAGAAGGGAAAGGCAGUCGUUUUAAGAUUAUACUGCACUUCCGAUUGCCAGAGGGGACAGCCGUGGAGGAAGAUUCAGAAGGAAUUCCUCCCCCGAGCCUUGUCGUUCCUGCGACGCCCAUGCUUUCAGACAAGGAGUUUACACUCGUUUCCGCAGCACAUGAAUCUCGUGAUGCUAGACGACGAAGUUCUGAAAGCCUUCGCAGUGGUGCCAGUUCCCGCAGUGGACAUAGCGGGCGCAGUGGGAGAAGUCACGCUGAUCGACUGAUCAGCGCUAUGCAAGAACCGCCUCUCACGAGAAGCACUAGCCAAGAUUUGGACCUGCGACCGCUGAACCUUUCUUCGAGUCCUGCCAGCGCCAGCAGCACUCAUGCGUCUCCUCUUGCAUCGCCGUCUGCUAUAAAGCGAUCGUUGGCCACACAGGAUCCCAAGCGAACUCUAUCUGCCGUCACCCAUACCCCGCCGCUCACUCUACAACCACUUGUGACCCCCCUCCCCCAGGCCUAG